AUGCUUCGCUGCUCAGGGCGACUAGGCGGCUCCUAUCCAGUCACUUCCCCCACCCUGGCGCUCCGAGUCGACGAGAUCCUUCAUGCUUUGAGUGAGGCUUCCAGCUAUCCCGACCUGUUGCUUCACGAGAUUGCAUUGUACUGUUGGGUGAAAGAUUUGCGUAAACUUGGACUCGGUGGUGAGAUUGACAAGCACAAGGGCGUCCGUGAAGUUGAGUCGAAGGUGGAAGCUCAUCCAAGAAUUAUAAACCCGAAGGCCCUCCAAGUCUGCACCAGUUCGCCAAAGCUGAAGCUGACGUACUUCCCAUUCCCUGGUCGAGCUGAGCCGAUUCGCCUGGCUCUGUUUAUUGGAGGAAUCCCGUUCGAAGAUGAACGAAUUGGAGCGGGUGAGCUGGAGCAAAGGCGCUCCUCGCUGCCGUUCAACCAGCUACCGGUCCUUGACGUGGAUGGAGAGGUGAUCUCGCAGGCACUGGCCAUCUUGCGAUACGCUGGCACCCUUGGCGGACUAUACUCGCCAAGGGACUUUAAGGAGGCGCUACGAAUCGACGAAGUGUUUUCGCUUGUCGAUGAGUUUUACAGCUCCUGCACUUGGAACGCGUCGUAUUUCGAGAAAGACCCGGAGAAGCAGAUGAAGUUGCGCGCCACACUGGCAGAGGAUACGCUCCCCAAAACGCUCGACUAUCUCGAAAAGCGCGUAGCGAGGUGGAAUGGAUCAUUUGCUGUCGGAGAGAGGCUCACGGUUGCAGACCUUGCGAUCUACUCGCUCUUGUGGACAUUCAAAAGUGGUCGCAUAGCUGGCGUGCCUGUGUCUGUCGUCGAGUCGUUCAAGAACCUGCUGCAAGUUCACAAGACGGUGUCCACUCACCCUCAGGUCGUGAAAUGGACGGCGAUGUUGCACUAG